ACCCCUAAAUCGAACUUUGACAUCGACCUCUAACGAACCCUUCUGAGCCAUGGCACCUCCUCAAGCGCCUGUGAGCUGGGUCUCCCCGAGGGCCAGAUUUGGCCUCAUCGUGUUCGUUCUGUCCUGAUGACCAUAAAGGCGGUUUCAUCUACAGCAUGAUGCUGACCAUGGCGGAAAACUGCAGGCCAGCUACCAACACCGUUGUUGAGGCAGAGUUCAACUGGAUGACCGUGCCCGGCGUAUCAUGGCACAGCGGCCGCAUCGAGAUUGCUAACCCGGACCUCAGCGACGAUGACACCAUGGUCGCGUUCCUCGAGCAGCUCAGAGGCACCAUCGGCGCCGCCGUUAGCCGUGUGUGCUCGUGUCUACCCACUUACAUGGUCAUGGGCAUGUCGGCUGAGACAUUCUGGGGCGGCGUCGAGGGCGCGCAGCAGUUCGAAAAGUUCAUGGGCGAGGCCAGCAACGGCCUCAAGGUUACGACCGGCGCGCUCGCCGCAAAGGCGGCGCUGGACUGCUACGGGGCCAAGAAGAUCGGCAUCAUCACCCCGUACCAGGCCGUCGGGGACCAGCAGGUCGUCGACUUCUUCACGGCCGUGGGCUACGAGGUGCACAUGAUCCACGGCCUCAAGUGCGCGACCGCGACGUCCAUAGCCGAGGUCGACCCCGAGACCAUCAAGGACGCCUUCCGCAAGGUCGACGCCCCGGACGUCGACGCCCUGCUGCAGGCCGGCACGAACCUGCCCGUCGCGCGCAUCGCGCCCGAGAUGGAGGCCGAGCUGGGCAAGCCCGUCAUCGCCAUCAACGUCGCGACCGUGUGGCAUGCGUACCGCACCAACGGCAUCAUGGACAAGAUUUCGGGCUUUGGGUCGCUGCUGGAGAAGCAUUGAGACUUUGUUUUCUUGCUCUCCUUUUACUUCCACCUCUCUGUAUCUCCAGUUCGCACGUAGUAGAUAUCCACGCAUUGCACCUUGACGAAUCACAAAAUAGAAAAUAUAGCACUCCGUAAAAGAGUCGACAAGAAAUCCACAUACC